AUGAUCUUUGGGUCAGCAGAAUUGAUUUAAUUUUUAUCAAACAAAAAAAACAUUACUCUUUUUCUGCAGGUGAAGUUCUAAAAAACUUAAAUAAAUUCUACAAAAGAAAAGAAAUCCAAAGACUAGGAGCAGAAAAUGGAUUAGAUGCUCGCCUGUUUCACCAAGCGUUUAUAAGCUUUAGGAAGUAUAUCAUGGAAUCCAGUUCUGUGAGUGCUGAUUUGCAUAUUAUUCUGAAUGAUAUAUGCUGUGGUGCAGGUCACGUGGAUGAUCUCUUUCCAUUUUUCCUGAGACAUGCAAAGCAGAUCUUUCCGAUGCUGGACUGUAUGGAUGAUCUGCGCAAGAUCAGUGAUUUAAGAUUGCCUCCCAACUGGUAUCCUGACGCCAGGGCUAUUCAGAGAAAAAUAAUAUUUCAUGCUGGUCCUACAAACAGUGGAAAAACUUACCAUGCUAUCCAGAGAUUUUUGUCAGCAAAAUCUGGAAUAUACUGCGGUCCACUAAAACUUCUGGCUCAUGAGAUCUUCCAAAAGAGUAAUGAUGCUAAUGUGCCAUGCGACUUGGUGACAGGGGAAGAGCGCGUGUAUGCCAAUGAAGAUGCCAGACAAGCUCCUCAUAUUGCUUGUACCAUUGAAAUGUGCAGCACUAAUACACCUUAUGAAGUUGCUGUGAUUGAUGAAAUCCAGAUGAUCAGAGAUCCUGCCAGAGGAUGGGCUUGGACACGAGCCCUUCUAGGACUCUGUGCAGAAGAAAUCCACGUUUGUGGAGAAGCUGCUGCUAUUGACUUGGUGACAGAGCUCAUGUACACUACAGGGGAGGAAGUUGAAGUGCGGAACUACAAGAGACUCACUCCUCUUACUGUGCUGGAUUAUGCCUUAGAAUCUUUAGAUAAUCUCCGGCCUGGGGACUGCAUUGUCUGUUUCAGUAAGAAUGACAUUUACUCAGUCAGUCGACAGAUUGAAGCCAGAGGAUUAGAAUGUGCCGUCAUAUAUGGCAGUCUGCCACCAGGAACAAAACUUGAACAGGCAAAGAAAUUCAAUGAUCCUGAUGAUCCAUGCAAAAUUUUAGUUGCUACAGAUGCAAUUGGAAUGGGACUCAAUUUGUGUAUAAAAAGAAUAAUUUUUAACUCUAUAGUAAAGCCAACUAUCAAUGAGAAGGGAGAAAAGGAAAUAGAUUCCAUUACAACUUCUCAGGCUCUACAAAUCGCAGGCAGAGCUGGGCGUUAUGGCUCAUCCUUCAAACAAGGAGAAGUCACUACAAUGCAUCGUGAUGACCUUAUGCAGCUGAAGGAAAUUUUGAGUGAGCCUGUGCGCCCUGUGAAGGCAGCUGGCCUGCAUCCUACUCCUGAGCAGAUAGAAAUGUUUGCUUAUCAUCUCCCUGAUGCCACUCUAUCCAAUCUAAUUGAUAUUUUUGUGAGUCUCUCACAAGUCGAUGGGCUUUACUUUGUCUGCAAUAUUGAUGACUUUAAAUUUCUAGCAGAUAUGAUUCAGCACAUUCCACUAAAUUUGCGAUCACGAUACGUCUUCUGCACUGCACCCUUGAACAGAAAAGAGCCUUUUGUGUGUACCACAUUGUUGAAGUUUGCAAGACAGUUCAGUAGAAAUGAACCUCUGACGUUUGACUGGCUUUGCCGGCACACCAAAUGGCCGUUAGCUGCUCCGAAGAACAUCAAAGAACUUGUACACCUUGAAGCUGUCCAUGAUGUUUUUGACCUCUAUCUGUGGUUAAGUUACCGCUUCAUGGAUAUGUUCCCUGAUGCUGUCCUUGUAAGGGAUAUUCAGAAACAACUAGACGACAUUAUACAAGUUGGUGUCUGCAACAUCACGAAGUUGAUCCGAGCUUCGCAAUCUGCUUCUGCUCCUGGCACAGCAGAAGUUGUGUCAGAAGACUUUCCUUUUUCAAGGACUAAGAGGGAUACUAGGGUGGUUUCACACCAUCAUGGUGCAAAAUCCACAGAGGCACUCUCUAUUGCGGUGGAGGUUCCAACAGAAAGAAGAACAAGGAACUUGAAAGCCUAUCGGUCUGCUACAAGGCAGGAGGAUCUGAAGAGCCAUGGACGUGGAUCUCUUGCCAACAGAUUGCUGCGUGAAGGACUUCUAACACAAGAAAUGCUGAGACAGCUGGAGAGUGAGUGGCAGGAUCAGCACAGGAAUGGUAGAGAGGGCCUUGGUUCAAAAAGAGAUGAUCAGAAUAAUCCAAAGGAAACAGGGAAAAAGAAAAAAUAGAAUCCAUGUCCUAAUUCUGUUUAGUUUUUAUUCAUAAAAUAAAAUACUAUUUUAAUAACUUCUUUGGCAUUUCAUGUUUACACUGCUCCAGCUCAUUGAUGUUUUUCCUUCUCCUGUGACCGGUUACGUGAAGCACUCAGAGAAAUGGACUCUUAAAAGCUCAGAGACCAUAAGUUUGCUUUUACCAGUCAGCUGUACACUUCUUCAGUCGUGGUGUUCAGCCUGAGUGUAUGAUCUACUGCUAUGUGAAAAUCUGAACUUCAUGUCUUCUUGCAAGAUAUCCUCACGCCAUUAAUAAACGUCAGAUAUUUCACUAGUAA